AUGGCGCCCAUCGGCUGCGCUCGCGGUCCGCUGCGCCGCCGCCGCUCUGGUGCACGGAGGAUGUCUGCGUUGUCCAGCGACGCUGCACGCUCUGCCGUGCCGCGCGCCACACCUCCCUUUGCCACGCGCUCUUCUGCGCGGGUGUCGGGCAUCUUCGCCUAUCAUGCACUCGUUGCGGCGCGUACCUGGAGACGAAAACCGGUCAACUCAAUGACCAAAACGGCGCUCCCGACACUCUCGCACGGCGAUGCAGAGACCUCAUCACGCUAG